AUGUCAAAUGGCGCAUGGAAUGUCCAAAAACUCAUGCAGUUAUUCCCUGAAGAUAUUGUGCAGCAUAUAGUGCAGGAAAUUGACAUUAAGCAUGGAUCUAAUGAAUGGGAUACACCAUGGUGGAUGAUGACUAGCUCAGGAAAAUUUACUGUAGGUAGUACAUGGGAAUUACUGAGACAAAGAGCCAAAGAAACAGUGCCAUUUCAUAACAUGUGGAUCAAAGUUGUGCCAUUCAAGAUUUUCUUCUUCUUAUGGAGACUUUGGAAGUUUAAAGUGCCAAUUGAUCAGUUUUGCUAUUUGCCUGAAUCCAUUAAUUAUUUAUUUCUCUGUGGAGAUUUUGCUGCCAAAGUUUGGAGAUACUUUAAUGCAGCAGCUGGAUUGACCAUGAAUUGUGUUCAAGUUAAAUAUGCUAUCAGAAGUUGGUGUGAGGCAAAAUGUCAUUAUAAGCUGAGACCUGUUUUUAAAGUUGUUCCUGCUUUUAUUGUUUCGCAAAUAUGGAAAUGGAGAAACAAUCAAUUGCAUGAAGGCACCAUGACUUUUAAUAGGGUGAUAUAUGACAUCAAUAUGAACAUACACUUGUUAUGCAAGGUGUUGUUCCCUGGGCUGAAUGUUCCAAAAAGGUGGCAUCACACUGUGCAGUUUUUUGAAGACUAUCAACCUACAAUUGUUUAUAAAGUGAUAAGGUGGAUGAGACCUGCAGCUGGAUGGUAUAAGUGUAAUACUGAUGGAGCUGCUAAAGGCAAUCCAGGGCUAAGUUCUGCUGCCUUUUGUAUUAGGAAUGAGGAGGGAGAUGUGGUGUAUGCUGCUGUUAAGAAGUUACAGGAUGGAUCAAAUUUAGUAGCAGAAGUUGAGGCUAUUAGAAUGGGAUUAAAAUACUGCUUAAAUAAGCAACUAUUCCCACUGAUCAUGGAGACUGAUUCAAUGGCAAUGAAGAUGAUCCUUGCUGCAGAAUGA